UUGCAGAAAUGGAUCAGGAGGUACCCGAAGGAGAUGGUGGAAUAGACAUUCCAGUACAAGCAGCUGAAAUGGAAGUAGAAGCUCCUGGUGCAGCACCAGCUGCAGAUGAUGCCCCGUCAGUGCAGCAUCGGGGUCGCUCUCGCGGCCGCCGUCGCCGUCGGUCACGUCGAACUCUCCUACACUCACGUCGCAGGCGUGGACGGGGUGGACGGGGUGCACGGGGUGGACGGGGUGCACGUGGGCGUGGAAGAGGUAGCUCCAGGCGCGCGAGGAGCGAGUCUCCGAUUGACCCGUUUAUACCUGUCAUGGAGGGUAUCCCGAAUCCGUUAGCGGAUCAUGCAGCAAUGGUCAGGGCGGAAAUCGAGUUGGCAGCUGUGAGAGAAAGCUCGAAUCCGCACGGGGACGGUCCGUCCCCGUUGCCGUCUGAGGACGAAGAUUAAAAAAUCAGAAUAAAUUAUUUUCAAUAAUCCAGAGGUGAUAGGGUGGAAGAGGAUAAUAUUAAAAAAUAACACAGAGAUGAAUAAAUUCUAAUUUAAUUUAGCGAAAAUAAAAAAGCUUUUAAAAACUGAAUGACUUAUAACAGAUAUUAUUCACCUUCUUCUAGAGGACAAACAAAACUAUAUUUAAUAACAAUUUGAUAUUCACUAUGCAUAUGAAUAUUCUUGCAUCUUUUUUAUCUCUUCAUCGUUUUCUUUGUCCUCAUCUUCUGCUAGUACAAGAGCACAGGGCCUAGAAAAAUAAAUAUUAGAUCAUUCUCAGAAAAUUAUAGAAUUUACUAAAAGAUGAUUUACAAGCAAGUCUUGUGUCUGAUAUAGUUACUUACGUUUCAGUUCAUAGUUAUAUUUAGAAAACAGGACACUCCAGUGCAAGAGAUGAGGAGAUUUAUGAUUCUGAUAAUGGAAAGACAAUUUUUUUAAUUCGACAGAAUCACUGUCGAUGUUGUAAAAAUAAAUAAAACUGUUUGUACAAAUAAAACUGUAGAAUUUUCAA